AACAUAGUAAUUUUGUACGAGUGUUUUAGGGUUUAUGUAUAUUCCAUGUGAGUUAUAAGCGCCACCGCCGGUCUCACUCGCCUUCUCCUGCAGGUUUUCGAUCUUCACCUCCCAACCACCGUCAAGGGCUUUUCAUUUCAAUCGACCAGAAAAAUGUCAGGAGAUGAAGAAGUUGCUGUUCCUGUUGAGCCUGUUGCAGUUGCUGCAGCUCUAGGUGAACCAAUGGACCUUUUGACAGCCUUGCAACUUGUGCUGAGGAAGUCAUUGGCUCAUGGUGGGCUCACUCGUGGACUGCACGAGGGUGCAAAGGUCAUUGAGAAGCAUGCUGCACAACUCUGCGUUGUAGCUGAGGACUGUGACCAGGCUGAUUAUGUUAAGCUGGUCAAGGCACUAUGUGCAGAUCAUAAUGUUAAGCUUAUGUCAAUUCCUAGUGCUAAAACCCUUGGAGAAUGGGCGGGUCUUUGCAAGAUUGAUUCAGAAGGAAAGGCAAGAAAGGUGGUUGGUUGCUCCUGUGUUGUUGUGAAGGAUUUUGGUGAAGAAUCGGAAGGUCUUCAUGUUGUUCAGGAGCACCUCAAGUCCCAUUAAAUUAAAAACGUUUUGAUUUCGGCCUGAUGUUCUUUAGGUGCUUGGUUAUGAUAUCAGUGGUAUGUCCCAAUCAUAUAAUACUGCGACUUCGUUAUAAGAUUUUGAUUUCAGCAUGAUAUUUCAGUACGCCCGAAAGAAUUUUACAAUUUUGUAACUGUUUUUUCUUCAAAUGAAAAACUAUCGUUGUCUUAAACGUG